AUGACCCGCCUCAACAAAGCCGCCAUCAAGGCACAUCUCCCUCGCCCACGCUUCCUCACCUUGCACUAUGCGUAUUUCAUCGGCGUGUGCCUCGUCACAUCGGCCAUCUUCUACGGCUCGUCCACGCCUGCCGGAAGCGUGCGAUACGUCGACUCGUUGUUUUUCACCGUCAGCGCUAUGACGCUCGCUGGGCUCAAUACGGUUAAUUUGUCGACUAUUAAUACGUUUCAGCAGGUGUUGCUGUUUUUUCUUAUUGUUGUUGGGUCGGGGAUCUGGGUAUCCAUCGCAGUCGUCCUCGUCCGUCGUCGAGCCUUUGAGAACCGCUUCAGCGAUAUCGUCGCGGAGCAGCGUCUCCGUCGGACGAAAACGAAUCGCUGGGCCUUCUUCUCGCGGUCGUUCGAGCGGCAGCGAACCACUCCUCCUGGAGAGGAACGUGCCAGGACAGACGGCUCCCUCGAGAGACGUGCGUCCUGGAGGCUGUCUAUCUCACGGGCGCUGUCGGGCAAUUCCUUAGGCCAGAUGCGGUCUAGGUUUGGGGGACGCGAGAGUGAUACGGAGACACCAACGAAGCCGGAUUCCUCGCAACAGGAUCAGCGUCCAUCAACUGACAAAUACGAAGAAGAAUCAGCUGAUGAAUCGCCUUCGCAGAACGAUGUCGAGGCAGACACCCAUAUUACCUUCCCCGACGGUGGAUGGGGGCGUCGGUCGAGCAUGCAAAGUCGCCAUCGUUCGCCAUAUGACAGUGACGAUGACGACGGCCAUUUGCUGUUCCUGCGCAAGAUAGGCCGUAAUUCCACAUUCCACCACCUGACGGACGCAGAACGGGCCCGACUCGGGGGCGUCGAGUAUCGAGCCGUGUGUCUGCUGUCCAUUAUCGUCCCUGUGUAUUUUGUGCUGUGGCAGCUCCUGGGAGGCCUGGGUCUGGGGGCGUACCUGGCGAGGAACAAGGCGUCUGUGACGGAGAGCAACGGACUUAAUCCGUGGUGGACUGGGUUCUUCUUUGCGGUUUCUGCUUUUAACAAUUCUGGAAUGAGUUUGCUGGAUGCGAAUGUGGGCCCCUUUGAAAAUUCCAUCUACUUGCUGAUUACAAUGGGCCUGUUGAUCCUGGCUGGAAACACCUGCGAGCGCGAUCUGCGCGAAACGCUGACCUUCCUGCUUGACCAUCCGCGCCGGUGCUACACGACGCUCUUCCCGUCAAAGCACACCUGGUGGCUGCUCUGCUCGGUGAUUGUGCUGAAUGGCAUCGACUGGGUGGCAUUCGAGGUGCUGAAUCAUGACAAUCCCGCCAUUAACCGCAUCCCUCUCGGUCCACGCAUCCUGGACGGUCUGUUCCAGGCCCUGUGCGUGCGCAGCGGCGGUUUCUACCUCGUCAGCAUUUCGUCCCUCGAGCUCGGCCUGCAGGUGCUGUACGUCGUCAUGAUGUACAUCUCCGUCUACCCGGUCGUCAUCACGAUGCGCAACUCGAACGUCUACGAGGAACGCAGUCUGGGCAUCUACGCCGACGAUCCCGCGGUGAGCCUGGACAACCAGAACCCAUCGCUAGAGGACGGCGAACGCCUCCCCAUGCGAAACGCCUCCGGACGCAUGUAUUUCAUCCGGCAGCAGCUCCGCGCCCAGCUGGCGCACGACCUGUGGUGGAUCGUGCUGGCCGUCAUCGUCAUCUGCAUCGUCGAAGCCGGCAGCUUCAGCCGGGAUCCGGUCACGUAUUCGGCGUUCAACAUCGUCUUCGAGACGGUGAGCGCCUACAGCUGCGUCGGCAUCAGCACCGGCCUGCCUGACCAGCAGUACAGUUUCUGUGGCGGCUGGCAUACUGUCAGCAAGCUUGUGCUCUGCGCGGUGAUGAUUCGCGGUCGCCAUCGCGGACUGCCUGUGGCCAUCGACAGGGCGAUUCUCCUGCCUGGGGAGCAUCUCGCCCGCGCGGAGGAGGAGGAUGCGCAUAUGAGGAUGGAGCGGACGAUGAGUCGGCAUGAUUUGUAG